AUGCUAAUGAGGAUACCUGGGCAGCAUUACGAAAACGUCAGAUCACCCAGCUCUACAUCCCUGCUGGCUAAAGAAGGACUGACGGACGUCACAUGGCGUGACCUGACAGUACACAAGCUAAUGCAGGAGUACCAACUCUCCUUCCAACCUAACUUUGAUAAACACAUAUUCUUGGUCAUCCAUGAAGCUGAACUCUUGGAACAACUCGGUUACGACCUCCCCUCCACUAUACGCGACGUAGCAAUGCAGAAAUCCCGUCUGUACUAUGAACUGGAAGCGUUAGAGAAUGUCAUUGCCAAGUACAAUACGAGCACAUCAUCCCUAAGCCCCUCUGAGACACAUCUCAUGAAGAAGCAUCUGCUGGACAUGGAACGACAUAUCCUCCCUGGUCUGACCAGAGUCACGUGGACUGCGCUCGGUAUUGGCGAUUAUAUCAAUGAUAUUACUAAAGGUGAAAAUUCCCUGCAAGCUGUUUACAAGCAAUUAAAAAUGGUAGAAAAAGAGGUUCAAUUCUUAGUAGACCAACUGGAAGCUUUCGACUUGUUCCCGCUGUUGAAGCCGAAGGACUACUUGGACCCUAAAACUGGUCAGCCUGACCCCACCUGGUUAUAUCCGUGCAAGGCAUACUUCGUGGAAGUAGAAAAUGAACGUCUAGAGCGCAUAGCAGUACUCUCCCGUAUGUACGACCGUAUCGGUCCCAUACUGAUGAAGCUGGAGUAUUUAAUCCUUGGCACUAGUACCGGCACGUCUUCUGUGAUGAGUGCUUACUAUACGCAUUGGGAGAAGAAGAUCUUUUUGUGUCUUGUCAGAUUAACAUUAGAGAACUUGGAAGACUUUCAAAAAAUGCUAAGCGAGAAUAUGCCGAUGUUCCAAGUGGAUGCCGUCUUGGUGCCGCCGGACAUCACAAUGCGACCCACGCAGACUGAGGUCUGCAACAUACUUGGAUACAAUGUCAAACAUUUUCUUAACAGGCUAACAACAUUUACUCGCUGGAUGAAGAAGACUUGCCUCCCGUGUCCUCCACAACGAAUAGAAGAGGCGACAGGCAAUGAGUUCUAUACAUUCUCCUUCUUCGAAGAUAUAUUACGUGUAGCAGCCAUCAAUGAUAUCACACUACUGAUUCAAGACACCAUCUUUAGGCUCACUUCGGAUAUCUGCACUUACAUUGUCAAGUGGCAAAAAUACUCCCAUCUCUGGUCGUACGACAAGCAUCUAUCGUGCGAGAAAUACGUACAGAAAUACGACCAAAUCUUCAAAUAUGAUGAAAAAUUCUUCUUUUUCGAAGAUAUUAUAAAUGACCUUGAUGAUCAUGUGAAGUUUGUGGAUAUUGGAGCUAUCAGGGUCAACUUGAGGCCCGUGAUACAGCAAAUACAGGACCAUGCGCAAGAGUGGAAGAAUAUAUUAGGUGAUUGUAUUGCAUCGAAUACUCGAGCCAGUAUGUAUGAUUUGAAGACUCAAAUUGAGCAUCUUCGUAUGACAGUGAAUAUGAACAUCAAGGGUCUCGAAGACUUCAAGCUGGUGAUGGCCACGAUCACACAGGUGCAGCUGAUGACCAUCACUGCCGAGUGCAAGUACAAGAACAUGCAGGAGAUAUUCUUUAUGCUGAGGCAGCAUAAUAUUAAUGUACCAGACGAAGAUUUGACCUUCGCUAAAAACUUGGAAACAGCUUGGGGAAGUCUGUAUCAAACGACCUUGUUCCGUGCAUCGACUUUGGAGAAAACCAAAGAAAAGUUCUCGAAGAUGAACGUGGAAGAGAUAGCGAAAUUCUUGAGAGAGCUCGAUGAGUUUGUUGAGAAAUUCGAUGCUGUAGGUCCGGGUACCGUUGGAGAUGAUAUGGACAAAGGCAUCAUGCUUGUUGAGGAAUACAGCAAAUACUUUGACGAAUUUGACAAUCGCAAAAAGAAUUUGCAAGCGGCAGAACAACUCUUCGACAAUCCAUUGGCAGACUUCUCGAACUUCAACCGAGCGAGGACAGACUUCGGGUUUAUGGAGCAAAUAUACAAGAUAUACAAGGCACAGAAAUAUGCUAGAGAAAUAUGGUCUAAGACUCUUUGGAGUAAUUUGAACCCACAAGCCCUUGUUGAUGGUAUUGAGCAGUUUUUCAAGGAGUUCAGAAAGCUGCCGAAGCCAGUUCGCCAGACCCCAAGUGGUCAGAUGCUGGAUCUGAAGAUGAAGCAGUUCAAGGGCGUGGUUCCGCUCAUGGUGUCGCUGAAGAACGAAGCCAUGCGUGAAAGACAUUGGAAGGAACUCAUGCGAAAGACUGGUCAGGAGUUCGACAUGUCCCCGGAUCGUUUCACGUUGGAGAACAUGUUCGCUAUGGAACUGCAUAAGUAUCAAGACGUUGCCGAAGAGAUAGUCAAUCACGCCAUCAAAGAACUCGCAAUAGAGCGCUGCGUAAAGGACGUACAAGACGCGUGGGCUAGCAUAGCUUUCACGGUUACUCGUCACUUUAACCGCGGGGAAGAUCGAGGCUACACGCUGAACCCGUGCGAUGAGAUCUCCGUCAAGCUGGAUGAUGAUGCCAUGACCUUACAGAGUAUGGCCGCUUCACAAUUUAUUGGCCCUUUCCUCUCCGUGGUACAUACAUGGGAGCGACGCCUGUCCCUCAUAUCAGAAGUUAUCGAAGAAUGGAUGGCCACACAACGCAAGUGGCUCUACCUCGAAGGGAUCUUUGUGGGCGGUGAUAUACGCGUACAACUCCCUGAUGAAGCUAAGAAAUUUGAUGAUAUUGAUAGGUCAUUUAGAAAGAUCAUGUUGGAUACUGCGAAGCGGCUGAAUGUGGUUGAUUGCUGUACUAUAACUGGCAGACUCGAGGAGUUCGUUAACCUGGGUAUUGGCUUGCAGAAGUGUCAAAAGUCACUGAACGAAUACUUGGACUCCAAACGUCGUAUAUUUCCUCGAUUCUUCUUUAUAUCGACGGAUGAAUUGCUGUCCAUUCUUGGAAGCAGUGAGUGUAGCUGCGUACAGGAACAUAUGAUAAAAAUGUUCGACAAUAUUCGUUCAUUGGAGCUAUACGUUGAUCACACUAACCGUCCUGUGGCUUCGAAAAUGAUAUCCGCUGAGGCUGAAGUAAUGGAUUUCCGUAAAGUGGUAUACACUGAAGGACGCGUGGAGGACUGGAUGAACCUGGUGUUGAGGGAGAUGAUGGAUACCAAUAAGUUCAUAACCAAGAAGGCUAUAUUCUACUAUGGUAGGAACUGGAAGGUUCCUAGGACGGAAUGGAUCCUACAGUACCAAGGCAUGGUCUGUCUCGCUGCAAACGGAGUGUGGUGGACUGCUGAAACCGAGGAGACCUUUAUACGUAUCCGAAAAGGAAACAAGAGGGCAAUGAAGGAACAUUUAGCGCAACAAAACGAACAACUCGAUGGAUUAGUCGUUAAAGUGAGACAGAACCUAUCAUCAAACGAUCGCCUCAAGUUCCGCACAAUCACGACAAUAGAUGUACACGCGCGUGACAUCAUCGAAGGGUUUGUUCGUGACAACGUGACCGAUGCCAGCGAGUUCGAAUGGGAGAGCCAGCUGAGGUUCUAUUGGCUAAAGAAGGAAGAUAGCUUGAGGAUUAGGCAGUGUACAGGCGUCUUCGAUUAUGGUUACGAGUACAUGGGUCUUAAUGGUAGACUGGUGAUCACGCCACUGACCGACCGAAUCUACCUUACCAUCACACAGGCCCUUACUAUGCAACUAGGGGGAGCACCAGCAGGUCCCGCGGGUACAGGCAAGACAGAAACAACGAAAGACUUAGCAAAAGCACUAGGUCUGCUCUGCGUGGUGACCAAUUGUGGUGAAGGCAUGGACUUCCGCGCAGUAGGACAGAUCCUGGCCGGCCUCUGCCAGUGUGGGGCCUGGGGAUGCUUCGACGAGUUCAAUAGAAUUGAUAUUUCUGUACUCAGCGUCAUCUCUACCCAGUUACAGUGUAUUAGAAGCGCGCUCCUGAUGAAGCUGAAGAGGUUUACUUUUGAAGGUCAAGAAAUAGUGAUGGACAAUAAAGUAGGUAUCUUCAUCACCAUGAACCCUGGGUACGCUGGCCGUACGGAGCUACCAGAAUCUGUGAAGGCGUUGUUCAGGCCUGUGGUCUGCAUCCUGCCUGACCUUGAGCUCAUCUGCCAAAUCUCCCUGUUCUCUGAUGGAUUUCUUACUGCUAAGGUAUUAGCUAAGAAGAUGACCAUGCUGUACCACGUAGCUCAGCAGCAACUAUCGAAGCAGUCUCACUACGACUGGGGACUGCGCGCCCUCACCGCAGUACUGCGCAUGGCGGGGAAACUGCGCAGGGACUCGCCCGGCCUUAGUGAAAUCAUGGUGCUCAUGCGGGCACUUAGGGACAUGAAUCAUCCGAAGUUCGUGUUUGAAGAUGUGCCAUUGUUCUUGGGUCUGAUCAAGGAUCUUUUCCCUGGGUUAGAGUGUCCACGUGUGGGCUACCCAGACUUCAACGCCGCAGUCAUUGAAAUAUUGGAGAAAGAUGGUUAUAUCGUGCUGCCUCACCAGGUUGACAAAGUAGUACAGUUGUAUGAGACUAUGAUGACACGCCACUGCACGAUGCUGGUCGGACCCACAGGCGGUGGCAAAACCGUCAUUAUACAGACUAUCGUUAAGGCACAGACUCUAUUGGGGCUGCCCACUAAACUAACUGUACUCAACCCUAAGGCUUGCUCGGUUAUAGAGCUCUAUGGAAUUUUGGAUCCUGUUACCAGAGACUGGACUGACGGUUUAUAUUCAAGAAUAUUCCGAGAAAUGAAUAGGCCAGCAGACAGAGAGGAACGCCGCUACACUUUAUUUGACGGUGACGUGGACGCCCUCUGGAUUGAGAACAUGAACUCUGUAAUGGAUGACAAUAAGCUGCUGACCUUGGCCAAUGGAGAGAGGAUCCGGUUGGCCCCAUACUGCUCUUUACUCUUUGAAGUUGGAGAUCUGAACUAUGCGUCCCCGGCCACGGUGUCUAGAGCCGGCAUGGUGUUUGUUGAUCCUAAGAAUUUGGGAUACCAGCCCUACUGGGAUAGAUGGCUCCGCGGACGCAACAACGAGGAGGAACGCGAGCAGUUGGACGGUUUGUUUGACCAUUACGUCGCGGGUGCCAUCAACUACAUCAUCUUCGGCAUGUUCGGCCUGCAGCAACAAACCCCUCUCAAGACCAUUGUCCCGCAGACUCCGCUUAACCUGGUGAUGCAAUUAUGCUACAUGAUAAGCGGCCUGCUACCUAACAGACAGGACUCCAACGAAGAGAUCGAUAGAUCAGUCGUCGAAUGCGUGUUCAUGGUGUCAAUGUACAACAGUCUUGGCGCCGCUAUAAUAGACGAUGGCCGAUUCGAUUUCGACACGUACAUCAAGAAAGCGUGCCCAAUGAUGCUUGUAGAAGACACUAACGAGAAAAAAGCUACGACAAAACACUUCCCAAUGGGAUUUCCAUCUCUAUACGAUUAUUGCCUCGAACUUUCUACCAAGACCUGGGAAGCGUGGGAGUGGCUCGUACCAGAAUAUAUCCACAACAGGGAUAUGAAGUUCCCGUCUAUACUGGUGCCAACUGUAGACACCUUGCGACUGACCUGGCUCAUCAAGAUCAUGGAGAGCGUUGAGCGACCUGUCUUAAUGGUUGGUGAAACGGGGACAUCGAAAACAGCUAUCGUCACCAACUUCCUUCGAGGCUUACCACCUGAGAAAUAUUUGGUCCAACAAAUGAACUUCUCAUCACGAACGUCUUCGAUGGACGUCCAGCGCAACUUGGAGUCGGUGGUGGAGAAGCGAACUAAAGAUACUUUCGGUCCACCAGUGGGGAAGAAGAUGCUGGUCUUCAUUGAUGACAUGAAUAUGCCCAUUGUGGACAAAUACGGUACGCAGCAGCCCAUAGCUCUGUUGAAGCUGCUUUUUGAAAGGAAAGGCUUCUACGACCGUGGCAAGGACCUUAACUGGAAGAACAUCAAGGAUGUAGGGUUCCUGGCUGCUAUGGGGAAAGCUGGUGGUGGGAGAAAUGAUGUGGACCCUCGCUUCAUCUCAAUGUUCUCAGUGUACAACCUGCAGUUUCCAUCGGAGAAUACAUUGCGACACAUCUACGUUUCCAUCCUGAAGGGGCAUUUCGAUGUCUUCCCCGAGGAAAUACAGAACAUAGUUGAAAAAAUCGUGCAGAUGACCUUGGAUUUGUAUAAGGUAAUAAUAGUAGAUCUGCCCCCGACCCCCACGAAGUUCCACUACAUAUUCAACCUGCGCGACUUGUCUCGUAUCGCGGCCGGCAUGUGCCUGACACACCCGAACUACUUCAGCGAGAAACGCUGCGUCGUCCGCUGCUGGCGAAAUGAGUUUACUAGGGUUAUAUGCGACAGGCUGAUUAGUACACAGGACAAUGACUUGAUGCGCGGUCAUAUCCACGAGCACGUCAUGAAGUACUUCCCCGAAGAGGAGCCAGUGGUCCUCGAGGAGAUAGUCGUGCAUGAGGAGGAUUUGAAGAUUGAGGAGGAACAAGAACUUGACGAAUUCGGCAUGAUACCAGAACAGAAGCCGGAGUCUGAGGUGGCAGCUCCUGAAAUUAUCGAAGAAGAAGAAGAAGAGGUCGAGCCUGAACACGAACUUACGAUGGAAGAGUACGUGUUCCGCGAUCCGCUUUUGUUCGGAGACUACCGCAACGCUUUGGAUGAGGAGGAGAUCAGAUACUACGAGGAUCUGCUCGACUAUGAAGCUGUCUACUUCUUGUUUCAAGAGGCAAGCUGUUUAACUAUCAUACCUUUAUUUAUAACUAAGAUAUCUUCUACUUUAUCUAUACUGGACGAAUACAAUGAACGUGUAGGCAAGAUGUCGGUUGUAUUAUUCGAGGACUGUCUGGAACAUUUGACGCGCACGCACCGCAUCCUGCGCAUGGACCGCGGGAACGCGCUCAUCAUUGGUGUCGGAGGCUCCGGGAAGAAAUCCAUCUGUAGGCUCGCUUCUUUUGCUGCUGGAUGUGAGAUAUUCGAGAUAGUAAUAACACGCAAUUACAACGAGAAUACCUUUAAAGACGAUAUGAAAAGACUGUACAACGCGCUGGGCUGUGAAAAUAAGAAGACUGUGUUCCUCUUCACUGCUGCACAGAUCAUUGAAGAAGGCUUCUUGGAGUUCAUCAACAAUAUUUUAAUGAUUGGAAUGAUUCCCGCGUUAUUCGAUGACGAUGAGAAAGACGGCAUCAUCAAUACUGUGCGCGCUGCCAGUGCUGAAGCAGGAUAUGGAGUGGGAAAGGAUUCAGUAUGGAACUUCUUCUGCACGAGAUGCGCCGAGAAUCUUCAUGUGGUCCUCUCCAUGUCUCCCAGCGGUGAUAUAUUGAGGAACAGAUGUCGCAGUUUCCCUGGGUUAGUGAAUAACACUACGAUUGACUGGCAGUUCCCGUGGCCCAAGCAGGCGCUAUUAGCCGUCGCCAAUGUAUUCCUUGCUGAUGUGGCAAAAAUCCCCGAAGAGUUUCGGCCAAUAAUAGUGGAGCACGUGGUCCACGUGCACAUGUCCGUGGCGCACUACUCUAACGAGUUCCUGCUGCGCCUGCGCAGGAACAACUACGUCACGCCCAAACAUUACAUGGACUUCCUCACCAACUACCUGUCGUUGCUUAAGGAGAAAGAUGCCUUUAUUGUAGCUCAGUGCGAGCGUUUGAUAGGUGGCUUGGCCAAGAUUGAAGAGGCCAACGUUCAGCUCGAGGACUUGAACGCCAAGCUAGUUGUACAGAAAGUUAUCGUAGCUGAACAAACCAAGGAAUGCGAGACUUUGCUUGCAGAGAUCUCUAAAGCUACAACCGCAGCUACAGCCAAACAAACGGUAGCUUCAAUAAAGUCAGCGGAAAUCACGGAGCAGAGCGCUGUAAUAUCUGAGGAGAAGGCGGAAGCCGAGGAAGUAUUGUCAGCAGCAUUACCAGCCUUGGAAGCUGCGAGACUGGCUCUAGCUGAUCUUGACAAGAAUGAUAUCACUGAGAUCAGGUCUUUUGCCACGCCACCUGAAGCUGUGCAGGUUAGCUUUGAUUUAGUUUUGAUGACUGUCUGCGAAUGUGUAGCGAUAAUCCGAGGUGUGAAAGACAUAAGUUGGAAGGGAGCUAAAGGCAUGAUGGCCGACCCCAACUUCCUGCGAAACCUGCAGGAGAUGAACUGCGACCUCAUCACCCAACAACAGGUCAAAGCAGUCAAGGCACAUAUGAAGAAGAGCAAGAAACUUGACACUAUGCAGCAGAUCAGUAAAGCUGGCUACGGCCUGCUAAAAUUCGUAAUAGCUGUACUUGGAUACUGCGCUGUUUACAAAGAAGUAAAACCGAAGAAGGACAAAGUGGAAGCUUUAGAGAAAGAAUAUACUGAGGCUUGCAACUAUUUGGCGUCACUGAACCGUGAGAUAGAUCGGUUGCAACGUACUCUGGACGGGCUAAAUAAUAAGUACGAAACCGCUAUGCUGAGGAGACAGGAAUUACAAGAGGAAACUGAUAUUAUGAUGCGACGGUUAGUCGCAGCAGACAAGCUAAUGUCUGGUCUAUCGAGCGAACAGAAGCGUUGGACCGAAGACUUAGGAGCGUUGUACGUGGAACAAUCUAGAUUGAUCGGCAACUGCCUUCUGUCAGCCUCGUUCUUGAGCUACGCUGGCCCUUUCUCGUUCUCCUUCAGGCAGACCAUGAUAUAUGAAGACUGGUUGGGCGAUGUCCUUGAACGAGGUAUCCCGUUGACUACUCCGUUUACCAUUGAGAAGAAUUUGACUAAUGAGGUCGAAAUCAGUGGUUGGAACUCCGAGGGUCUACCUCCAGAUGAGCUGUCGGUUCAGAACGGCAUCCUGACAACGAGGGCUUCUAGAUUCCCUCUCUGUAUUGAUCCUCAAACACAAGCCCUGUCCUGGAUCAAGAAGAAGGAAACCAAAAAUAAUCUGAAGGUGUUAUCAUUCAACGACCCGCAGUUCCUGCGUCAACUGGAGAUGGCUAUAAAGUACGGUAUGCCCGUGCUUUUCCAAGAUGUCAACGAGUACAUUGACCCUGUUGUUGAUAAUGUACUAGAGAAGAAUAUUAAGACGGAGAGCGGUCGCACGUUUGUGUUGCUAGGCAGUACAGAAGUAGACUAUGACCCCAACUACCGCAUGUACCUUACGACCAAGCUCUCCAAUCCACAGUUCAACCCCGCCACCUACUCCAAAGCGGUCGUUAUCAACUAUACUGUUACUGUGCAGGGUCUAGAAGACCAGCUUUUAAGUGUAGUAGUACGUGCCGAGCGAUCAGACUUAGAAGAACAGCGCGAAAGUUUGAUCAUAGAGACGAGUGCCAACAAGAGUCUACUGUCGGGGCUCGAGGACUCGUUACUCCGGGAGCUGGCCACGUCUACCGGUAACAUGCUGGAUAACGUUGAGCUCGUCAAUACCUUGGAGAAUACCAAGGCUAAAGCUGCUGAGGUAAUGGAAAAACUUCAACUAGCAGCAAUAACAACGAAGGAUAUUGAGACGCUCCGCGAUGGAUACCGACCGGUGGCAAAGCGCGGCUCCAUUCUCUUCUUUGUGCUGUCUGACAUGGCCGGUGUCAAUGCCAUGUAUCAGUACUCGCUGUCUUCAUAUUUAGAUGUGUUUUCGUUUUCUCUGCGCAAAGCAAUGCCGAAUGUAAUCUUGGUGAAACGUUUGAAGAACAUUAUAGAUAUGCUCACCAAGAAUGUUUAUGACUACGGAUGUACAGGUAUAUUCGAGCGCCACAAGCUACUAUUCUCGUUCCAAAUGAACAUAAAGUUGGAGCAGAGUGAAAACCGAGUCUCUCAAAUGCAGCUGGACUUCUUCAUCAAGGGGAACAUCUCGAUUGAGAAAUCCGCACGACAGUGCCCUGCGUCCUGGAUACCUUCACAGGGUUGGCAAGAUGUAAUGAAGCUGAGCAUGGACUUCCAGGAUUCCUUCAGUUCCCUGCCUGACAAUAUCAGUAGAAGACUUAACGAUUGGCAAGAAUGGUUCGACAGCGACACGCCCGAGGCGAACGACAUCCCAGGCGGGUACCGCGACAAGCUGCAGCCGUUCGAGAUGCUCAUGUUGCUGCGCUGCUUCCGCGUCGACCGCAUCUACCGCGCCCUCACUGACUACAUCACCGUCACCAUGGGCGAGGAGUAUAUCACACCACCUGUUAUCAGUCUUGAUAUGAUAUUCGAGCAAACGACCCCAUUCACUCCGGUGGUGUUCAUCCUAAGCCCUGGUUCGGAUCCUACGGCCGACCUGAUGAAGCUAGCUGAUAGAUGCGGCUUUGGCGGUGGCAAGUUCAAGUACCUGUCUCUAGGACAGGGUCAGGAAGGGGCGGCCUUAGCCUUGCUAGAAGGUGCGAUAUCGCACGGGCAAUGGCUGAUUCUCCAGAACUGUCACCUAUUGGUGUCUUUCCUCCGCGAGUUGGAAAAACAAUUGGAACUGAUGACGAAGCCACAUCCCGAGUAUAGAUUGUGGCUCACCACUGAUCCAACACCUACAUUCCCUAUUGGGAUCUUGCAGAGGUCACUCAAAGUGGUAACGGAGCCGCCAAACGGUUUGAAGCUGAAUCUUCGCAACACAUACUUUAAGAUGCGCGCCCAAGCACUGAACGAGUGUACACAUCCACAGUUCAAGAAGCUGGUCUAUGUGCUCGCAUUCUUCCAUGCUGUCGUACAGGAGCGGCGUAAAUACGACAAGAUCGGUUGGAACAUUUCGUACGACUUCAGCGAGUCGGACUUCGUGGUGUGCAUGCAGAUACUGCAGUGCUACCUCGACAGGUGCCACGCGGUGGGCGGACCUAUACCCUGGGCCACGCUCAAAUAUCUAUUCGGAGAGGUGAUGUACGGUGGCCGUGUAAUAGACGAUUACGACCGUCGCGUCGUGAGUACCUACAUGGAGGAGUACCUCGGAGACUUCCUCUUCGACAAGUUCCAGCCCUUCCACUUCUACCACGACAGCUUCUUCGACUACGUCAUACCGCCUGAUGGGGAGAAAGAACAGUAUAUUGAAUUCAUAGACACUCAGCCUCUAGCGAAUACACCGGACGUGUUCGGUCUACACCCUAACGCUGAGAUCGGAUACUUCAGCCAGGCAGUGAGGGAGAUGUGGAGACAUCUCAUCGAAUUACAACCGCAAACAAGGGAGGGUGGUGGCGCGUUGAGUCGUGAGGACUUCAUCGACAUCAUAGCUUUGGACGUACUGUCCAAGCUGCCGCAGCCGUUCGAGAUCUGGCGCGUGCGCAAACAGUCCGAGAUGAACAUAACGCCCACCGUCGUCGUCCUAUUGCAGGAACUUGAGAGAUUCAACCGCCUAAUCCUUCGGAUGCGAUCAACCCUAUCAAUGCUACGCAAAGCGUUGGCAGGAGAAGUAGGUAUGGAUGCGGUACUGGACAACGUUGCCAAUUGCAUGUUCAACGGACAGUUACCCGAAGUUUGGAGAGAACUCGCCCCCGCCACUUGUAAGGGACUUGGAGGGUGGAUGGACCACUUCAUUGCUCGGACUAAACAGUACACUGAUUGGGCAACGAUAGAGGAGCCAGUGGUGAUGUGGCUGUCAGGGCUCCACAUCCCGGAGUCGUACCUCAUAGCGCACAUACAGAUCGCGUGCCGACUCUACACCUGGCCGCUCGACCGAUCCACGCAGUUCACCAAGGUCACUGGCUGGGUGUGCCCUGACGAAAUCGAGGAGAGACCUGUAACGGGUUGCUACUUAAGAGGCCUGUACUUGGAAGGUGCGAGAUGGGAUCUCGAGGAGAAGUGCUUGCGACGGUCCCACCCUAAGGUUCUAGUCACAGAGCUACCCAUCAUGUACGUCAUACCUAUUGAGGCACACAAACUGAAGCUACAGAAUACCCUCCGCACGCCCGUCUACACGACAUCGCAACGCCGCAACUCAAUGGGAGUCGGUCUGGUCUUCAACUCCGACCUUUGGACCGCGGAGCACCCUAGUCAUUGGAUCUUACAAGGCGUUUGUCUUAUUAUGAACACUGACUAAAUGAGAGUUUACGUUGU